AUGACUUUGAUAUCUAAUCUUAUAGUAGCCAGUUCUAAUCAUCGAUUAGAAGAAAACAUAAGUUAUGAUACAGAUCCAUUUCAAAAACUCGAUCUUUAUACACCUAUCAACCCUUCAAAUCAACUUGAACCACUCUUAAUUUAUGUUCAUGGUGGUGCAUGGCGAAGUGGUGAUAAAGCUGAAGGUACAAAUCAAGUUUUAAUCGAUAGUCUUUCAAUUCGAUUUCCAAAAUGGUCAAUCUCUACCAUCAACUAUCGACUCUCAAUAGGAACUCAUCCAGUAAUCCAUCCAGCUCAUAAUCAAGAUGUAUCAAAAGCUGUGAAUUUCUUAUUAAACAGAUCUAAUCCUCAAUAUGAUCGAACUCGAAUUUAUCUUUUGGGUCAUUCAGUUGGAGCAUUCAUUUGUCUUUCAAUCUCAGGAAUCUUAUCUAAUAAUGAUCCAAGUAGUAUAAUUCAAACUCCAAAAUCUGUCAUCGGACUUGGUCUUCUAGAUGGGAUAUAUGGUUUAAGAGAAUUAAUUCAAGAAUAUCCAGAUUAUAUUGAUUUUGUUCAAGAAGCCAUAGGACCAGAUGGACAACCAAAUGAUUGGCAAACCGUUUCACCUUUACAUUGGUCUUUAUCUACUUCUAAUUUCCCAAUUUCUUCUAAACUUUUGAUCAUUCAUUCUAAAGAUGAUAGUCUUUUAUCUACUAAACAAACUGAUCUUUUCGUUAAUCAUUUAAAUCAAUUGGUUAAAACUCAAAGUAAUGGUCCUAAACUUUUACUUGAACCUGAUCUUACUUCUGUAAUUGGUGAUCAUGAUGAACUCUUAGGCUCAAAUCAAUUAGCUGAUCGGAUUGUUAAAUGGCUAAAUCCUUAAACCACUUGAUUCUUUUGCUUUGGAAAUUGUUUGAAUAAGAUUUGAUAUACAUAUGAAUAUGUCUUCAUCCCAGGAGCCUUUCAUGAACUGAUUUCUUGGCAAUUUCCAUCAUCUCAAUUUCAAAGCUUGAUUGUUUUUAGAGUCAGACUCAUACCACCGGAUUUGUUUAGACCCUUUCAUUUUCUAUCCUGUUUCAUCAAAGGAGUCUGCAACUUUGUCACAUUUUUCAUAUCAGCUCAAAGUUCAAGGGAGCGUCCAACAGACGUGAUUUGUUCAAAACGUGAUGGCAAAAAACCCGUAUGAAAUUACCC